AUGAAGUUCUUCUACCCCCUCGCUCUGGCUCUCGCCGCUGUCGUCGCGGCCCAGGACGACCAGUGUGACGCCGCCAACAUCGUCACGGCCUGCUUAGACAGCGAGACCGACAAGGUAAGUCUAGAGACCCCCCUUAGCUUCACCUUUCUCAAGGACUACUAUUUGACUUACACACGUUUCUGUCUGCUCCAGGUCACGGCCUGUAACCCCACCGACUACGACUGCCAGUGCGCCGCCUACCAGGCCGUGGCCACCUGCUACAACAACUGCCCCAACGACGCCCGCGCCGUGCCCGCCCAGCAGCAGGUGACUAUCUUCUGCCAGCAGGCCUCCAUCCACGGCUCCGCCGCCCAGCGCAAGACCCAGACCGUCGCCUCCGUCACCGGCUCCGCCACCAACGCCGCCGCCUCCAACUCGGCUUCCCCCACCGCCGCGACGCGCACCACCGCCGACGAAGCUGCCUCAACCGCCGCCUCCUCUUCGACCGCCACCAGCACCCCCAACAUGGGCGUUGGCCAGCUCGCCCGCAACACCGGCGGCGUCCUCCUCGCCGUCGCUGGUGUCGUCGCUGCUGUCCUGUAA